UUUGUAUGGGGAGUGAGAUGCAAAUUGAAUGUUUGAACAAACCCAAUUUAUAUGCAAGAACAAAUAGUUGGGCACGAGGUAGUGAAUUUAAUUUUCUGGUUAUUGUAUUAUAUAAAAAGGGUAUCGAUUCUUUGUGAAGAAGACCAACCUAACAAGUGAAGAUAGAGAAACAUCCAUGGGUUUGAUAUUGAAGCAAUUUAUAUGGCCAAUUCUGGUUGGUUGCAUCACUUGCAUGUUCCUUCAUGGUUUAUCUUAUUCAGAUAACGGUGAAAAGUACACAUUUGUAAGAGAAGCGACUUCUGCUCCAGCAACCUUAUAUUAUGACUACAUAGUGAUUGGUGGGGGAACAAGUGGGUGUCCACUGGCAGCAACACUCUCACAAGGUGCAAGAGUUUUGGUCCUUGAAAGGGGAGGGUCUCCUUACACGAACCCUGAGAAAAUUGACAUAAGCAACUUUGUGAACGCCCUCGCUGACAUAAGCCCCACAUCGUUUUCCCAACAAUUCAUAUCGAGAGAUGGGGUGCUCAACGCCAGGGCUCGAGUCCUGGGUGGUGGGUCUGUCCUGAAUGCAGGGUUCUAUUCGAGGGCGAGCUCCAUUUACAUAAGGGAAUCUGGUUGGAAUGAAAGUUUGGCUGAGGAAUCAUAUGAGUGGGUUGAAAAGAAGGUGGCGUUUGAGCCUCAAAUGCUGCAGUGGCAAUCGGCAGUGAGGGAUGGGUUGCUUGAAGCUGGCGUGUCGCCUUACAAUGGUUUUACUUAUGAUCACUUAUAUGGGACUAAGAUUGGAGGGACAAUUUUUGAUAAGGAGGGUAACAGACACACUGCUGCUGAUUUGUUGGAGUAUGCUGAUCCCAGGAGGAUUUCUGUUUAUCUGCAUGCCACAGUGCACAAGAUACUGUUCAAGUACAACACAGAAAAAAGAAGGCCACAGGCUUAUGGAGUAAUUUUCAAGGAUGCAUUGGGAGUGAUGCAUGGAGCGUACUUAAGCGCAAAUGGAAAGAAUGAGAUAAUCUUAUCAGCGGGUGCAAUUGGAAGUCCACAGUUGCUGAUGGUGAGUGGGAUUGGGCCUGGCAACCAUCUUGAAGCCCAUGGGAUCAAAGUGGUUUUGGAUCAGCCCUUGGUGGGUCAAGGGAUGGCAGAUAAUCCAAUGAACAUUCUACUGGUUCCUUCCCCUCUGCCAGUUGAAGUCUCUCUUGUCCAAACAGUGGGCAUCACCAAGUCUGGCAACUUCAUUGAAGCAGGAAGUGGAUUAAGCGUGGGCCAUUCUUGGUCUGAACGCCUACAAGGGAUUUUUGAAUUUGUGUCCAACCAGUCUGUGCAGCCUUCCACGGUUUCCCCGAAAGCCAAGGAGAGUGUUGCAGACGCCAUAAGAUAUUUAGCGAAUCCAACUCUGAAAGGAGGAAUCAUAGUUGAAAAGAUCCUAGGACCACGAUCUUCGGGUCAUUUGGAGCUCAUAACCACUAAUCCGAACGACAACCCAUCGGUGACCUUCAACUACUUUCAGGAUCCAGAAGACUUAAGAAGGUGUGUUGAGGGCAUGAAAACCGUCAUAGAUGUGAUCAACUCAAAAGCAUUCUCCAAGUUCCGCUACCGCAACAUGCCGGUUCAAGUUCUCAUAGACUUGAUGUUGCACUUACCACUCAACUUGCGCCCAAAACAUUUGGACGCUGCCUUUUCUUUACAACAGUAUUGCAUAGACACUGUGCUAACCAUUUGGCAUUACCACGGUGGGUGUCAAUUGGGUAAGGUUGUUGAUCAUAAUUAUAAGGUUAUUGGUGUCGAAGCUCUCAGGGUUAUUGAUGGAUCCACUUUUCUUGCCUCACCCGGGACUAAUCCUCAGGCUACUGUAAUGAUGCUUGGAAGGUAUAUGGGAGAAAAAAUACUAAAUAAAAGAUUCUUCCGUGGGAGGGAGUGAAGGGAUCAAUUGAGUGCAUAGGGUGCGUGUUGUUCCAUAUUUGUCUUCUGAAGGCUGUCUGUUCAUAGGAGCCAACAGAAAAAUAUGCAUCCUUUUCUUUUGUACGAUGACAACUGUGGAUGUUAUUUUUGGGUAUUUUAUAAUUAUGCAUUUUAUGGUGCUAUUUUUUUAUAAAUAAAAUACAUUUAUCCUGUAAUUCCCACAAUAUAAUUGCAGUUUGAAAUAAUACAAUUUUUCCAGAUAAUUUGGUUAUA